UCUACUUGUCGGCUGUGCUGCUCCUUGUCACCAACAGCAGUCAUCUCCUUCCUCGGACCAACAGCACCAUGAAGUUCACCGCCGCAUCAGUUCUCGUGGGGCUCACCACCUCCCAGGCUUUCAUGGUGCAGCCCACCAUGAAGACCGCCGGACCGGACGGCGGCAGCAGCCGCGCUGACUUCGCCAAGCUUGUUACCGGAACGGUGGCAGCCACCGCCGCGGUAGCAGCACCCGCGCUAGCCAAGGCCGGAACCGGAGCGAAGCAGAACUGGUUCGGCGUCAUCGGCGCGGACCCGGAGCUCGGGGGCGGCAUGUCGAACUACUUCGCCGAGUCGGACACUUACUCCCCGUACUCGCCCUACUCCAAGGGCGACGACGCCCUCUACAAGUCGAGCGACCAGGCCUUCAUGACCAAGGUCAAGAUCGACAUUCUCAAGGACUCCCAGAAGAGGCUGCAGACUGUGCCCGGGUUUAUCGAGGGCAAGAAGUGGGAAGAAAUCCGCUCUCUCCUCACCGCCAAGGCUUACAGCCUGCGGGAUGCCAUGAACACCCUCGCGGCCGACAAGCCGCAGGCGGCGGGCGUAGCCAAGGUUUUCUACAGGGACAUCGAGCAGCUCACCGUGUACGCGCGCCAAAAGAACGGCCCAGCCUGCACCAAGGCCUACAACGACGCGCAGGAGCACCUCACCAAGUACCUCUCGCUCAUCUAAGCUCGCCGAACGCGUUUCAGAUUUCGUUGAGUGGUACUUAAGUUUUUGCUUUUUUUCUUGUGUUCUCCCUCUUUGUCGUCUGUUGUAGAGGACGGCUGUUCGAUUGGCGCGGGGCGAUGGCCAAGGAGGAAAAUAUGACGUUUUUUCUGUUUCUGGGCCAGCGAGCGAACGAUCAGGGGCAAAAGCAUCGAGGGGGCCAGAGGAAAGGGGCCAGUGUGUUGCCGGUGGGAUAUGUGAUACACGUGUAGAGGUGUCCCGUGUUUUUGUUUUUGCCUUGGGGAGCGACAAGACCACCCUGGCCUGUUGCUGAGGCUGACCCCACUCUUCGUUCUUGGUUCGUGGUGGCGCCCCGUUUUACGCCGUGCGGUCCUGAGUGACUGCGCUCGACCUCGUCUGUCGCUUGUAGAGACGGGGAUCAUCUUUUGACCUGUGUUGAUUUAGACAGCGCCUGAAAAAGAUGGCAUCCCUUUAAAAGUCAUUUUACAAAUCAGAAGACGCAGAGGUCACUUAAAACACCCCCCACCCCCCCGCCCUGUGGAAACCGGUCGCGGGCUCGUGUCUGGGUGUGUUGCGUGCGGGAUCGCUUCACCAGAAGGGGGUAGUUUCUUGACCCUGCAGUGGUUGGGAGAUGACUUGACUCGUGUGCAGACACGCCGGGGCGCCAUCUCCCCAGACGUGGUUGCUCGAUCAUCACGCCGCGGGGCCUCGGGACCAUUUAUCUUUUUAAGCUGGAACGGGGAUGUGUGGUGAUUCUUUUGGUUCCGAUUGCCCCAUUUUUGGAAAAAUAUGGACGUUGCAAGCAAGGUUUUCAUCGAGAACAAUCGAAACGUCACAAAUC